AGGACCUCGGUGAUGCUGCACCCACGGGCGAAGCUGGGCAAUGCCCUUGCUCAGGGCCCCGUCCCUCUCCUCCCACCACCCCACGGAGCCAGGCUGCGGGUGCAGAACCAGCCCCCGGCCCCAUGCCGUACCCCACAACCCGCUGAGCCCCAGCGCUGGGAGCCAGGCAGGAUCAGCCCCCACGCCUGCCCUCGCGGCCACGUCACGCCUCGUUCCUGUUCCUGCUCGGCGCGGUGCCGCUGGCCAUGCAGUGCACUGCCCUUCUCCUCAUCCCUUUCCUCUUCCUCAGCCGAGCCCAAGGGUGCGAGGACAGGGCUGUGCCUGCCGGAGGAGAGCUGCGGCUGCUGCCCAAGGUACUGCCACAAGCAUGGGAAGUAUGUGAAUGGACAGUGGCACUGGAUUCAGGAACCCAGCUGGUCAUCGUGAGGACUUCAAAGGAUAAAGUUCCAGUUUUCAAGGGUCGUUUUUCUGGGAGAGCCACCUUCCUCCCAGAGACCCUCUCCCUGAGCAUCAGCGCGGUCACCCAGGCAGACAGCGGCAGCUACUCUUUACGUUUUGAGACUUCAUCUGGCCUCACUCAUUCUCAGUGCUUCCACGUGUCCGUGUGGGAGCCCGUCGGCCAGCCGCACCUGGACUCACACUUGCUGCAGCAGGAGCAGGGCUGGUGCAACUUCUCGCUGCUCUGCUCCGUGCCCAGAGCCACCAAGGUCUCCUACAGCUGGUCCCGCAAUGGGGAGCCCCUGGGGCACGGGAACCUCCUGUCGGUGCAUGGGGACACUGAGCCCAGCACCUACGUCUGCAACGCGAGCAACCCGGCCAGCUGGAGCACGGCCAGCAUCAGCUCCACGACGGUCUGCUUCCCUCCGGCCGCAGGCGUUGCGUGGUCCUACUGCAGAAUCAAGGGGGUUCUCAGCCUCCUGGUUCUGGGCAGCCUGGUGGCCGCUGUGGUCAUCACGCAUGUCCUCACGUGGCAGCAGGACAGGAGCCAGGCGGUGGCAUCCCUGUCCCAAAGCACUGGACCCCCGGGAAGGGACUCGCAAGCAGCCCGACCCCUGUGAGUUGUUAACCCCCAUGAAAACAUCUUAACAAGCCAAUAAAUCGCUUUCUCUCCA